AUGUUAAUGUCCAUCCAACCAAGCAUGAGGUCCACUUCCUUAAUGAAGGCAGUAUCAUCGAGAGUAUACAGAAGGCCAUCGAGACUCAACUUCUUGGUUCAAACGUGUCCAGGACGUAUUAUACACAGACCUUACUUCCAGGCGCUCCAGUCUAUUUGGAUGAUGAUAAUAAUGAAAACAAAAUUUCAUCAGAUACAACUCAAAAAGAAAGAAUUUCAAAAGAAUUAUCACUCAGGUUUACGAGAAAUCUUCCAAAAUCAUAAAUUUGUUGGUUGUGUCAGUAAAGAACUUGCCUUGAUACAGCAUCAAACCAAAUUGUAUCUUGUGAAUACCUUUAAACUCAGCCGAGAACUUUUUUACCAGCUUUUAUUGUUGGAUUUUGGAAAUUUUGGUGCAAUUCGACUCUCGGAACCUGCACCAUUAUAUGAUCUGGCAAUGAUGGCCUUUGACCUACAGGAGAGCGGAUGGACACCUGCCGAUGGCAAAAAGGAAGAUCUUGCCACUUAUGUUACUGACUUCCUUAAGUCUAAAAGAGAGAUGUUGGAAGAAUAUUUUGCCUUGGAGAUUGACACGGAUGGCAAUUUAUGCACCAUUCCCAUGCUUUUAGAAAACUAUGUCCCACCAUUGGAAGGAUUACCAAUGUAUAUUCUACGUUUGUCUACUGAGGUGAAUUGGGAAGAAGAAAAAGAAUGUUUUAUGUCAUUUUGCAAAGAAACAAGUGAAUUUUAUGCAUUCAGAAAUAAUGAACUGCAAAAUGCGGAACCUGUUCUUGCCUCUCCUAGCCAAACUGAAGAACCUGAUCAAAACAUGGACGACAACUGGAAAUGGACGACAGAACAUGUCCUCUUUCCUGCAUACCGAGCCAGGUGUGAUGUACACUUGGACGACUAUGUCUCAUGUCGACUCCCCUCUUUUCCUUACAGACGUUUGGGCGAUUUUGGUCUCUUCGAUUCUCCUCGAUCCUUGGGCGUCACACAUGAUGAACGCUUAGGCGAUCAUGUCUCUUGUUGA